AUGCCCCUAAACACCUUGCGGCUCAAUCAUCAAAAGUCGUCACAUCCCAAUGAUCGGGUCGUGUUCAUCAAGCCUCUCCCGCGACCGGCGGCGCAAAAGGCGGACUACGACCUCGCCGACACUUUCCUCCGAGCCGUCGCUGCACAAUGCCUACCCAUCAUGAAGAACCACUACCUCUCCGUGACGACGCUGGAAGAGUACGAGCCCAACCCAGAGUUCAUCGGGCGCAACUUCAACAACGGCGAAAUCAUCCAGCUUGUGCUGCGCAGCAAGAACGGCGGAUGGGUGCCGUUCAACAUGGUGCAGAUGGUCAUGAUGCACGAGCUGGCGCACAACACGCACAUGAACCACGGCAAGAAGUUCUGGGAGACCAGGAACAUUUACGCCGAGGAGCUCAAGCAGCUGUGGGCGAGGGGUUACACCGGCGAAGGGUUCUGGGGCAGCGGGCGGACCCUCAACGACAUGAAUUCGGUCAUGGGGAACAACAUCUUGACGAGCCGGGAGCUGGAAGGUCUGCCGCUGUGUGGAGGCACGUACCGGAGUCGCGGCGCCAGACGGAAACGAAAAGCCAAGCGCGGCGGGCAGGAGGAGCUGACGUGGAAGGAGAAGAAGGAACGACGAAUCGAGAGGAAAUUCGGCCGGAAUGGCGUCGCGCUCGGAGAGGACGAAGAUAAACGACUCGGCUUGGAGAUCAACAGGAAAGGACCCAUCGGAGGGAAACCUCGCGUGGCGCAGAGUAAACGUGGACGGGAGCUCAGGGCCGCCGCGGCGCUGGCGAGGCUCGACACGAAUAAGCAGGAGGUGGGUGCGCUGAAGGGCAGCAGGGAUGAAUCUGGUGAGGGGCAAAGUACGGAGGUGGACGAGGAAGAGGAAGAGGAAGAGGAAGAAGACUAUGAAGAUGUCGAUGCGGCUGAGGGUGAAGAUGCCAAGGACGUCAAUGGCGAAAAGAUGCUCGAUGGCCAAGGCCGUGGCUUGGUCAGGGUAUGUGAAGAGGAAGAUAAAAACGACGAGAAUGUUCAAAAUGAACUGAGGGAACUGGAGGGUCUAGAGCGCUAUUUCAGACGGCGUCCGAAACAAUCACAGAGUGGCACUGUGGCCGGGCCAAGUCAAGCGGCUUCGUCAGAGCACGCGCAGAAUAAACCUCCGGGCGAGCAUCUAAUAGCGGGAAAUGGAUGUGGUGGUGGUGGUGGUUGUGACGACGACGACGACUUAACCAAGAAGCCACAUCCGGUCUCUCACGCAGAACCAACACCUGCCAAAGAAGCAUCGCACAGCACGCCAGCAAUUGAAAACGCAAGAGAACGAAGAGGAGAACGACGGAACCAACAUCGAGAACAUGGGACGUCGACACCCUCAGCAACGAUAUCUUGCCCGAUCUGCUCUCUUGAGAACCCACGUGUCAACGCGACCUGCGUAGCGUGCGCUCAUGUGCUAGACCCCAGAAAAGACCCUCGGCACUGGUCAUGUCGAAGCGAAAUCUGCAAAGAAGGCGACAAUCGGUAUCUCAAUGCCGGAGAUGCCGGUGUAUGUGGGAUAUGUGGUAUGAGGAAAGCCGGCUGA